CCUCGUUUUUGACUUGAGAGACGGAGUUCCGAGCCGCCGACUAUCGAGCGCGCCGAAGGCGUCCAAGUGCCUCCAGGACACAGACAACGUCGCUGUCUUCCCCCCACUAGCGCCUCAAUCUCCGUAUGGCGCACGACCGCGCAGCCGCUGUGACUGCAGCCACAGCGCGCGCGGGGCCGCCGCUGCUCGUGGCUCGCAACUUGUUACCUUCUUCCGCCAGCGUGAGCAGCAGCAGCGUCAGCGCCAGCACCACGAGCGUCAUGAGCUCGUCCUCGUCCUCUUCAGUCGCCACUAUGGGGACACGCAGCACCAGAAGAAGAGACCGCAAGUACGUGGGGGAUGCUACUGUCACGACGACAUCCUCCUCGACGCUGUCCACCGCGUCCUCGGUGGACGUUUCGUCCACUGCCACAACUGAAGCGGCUCGACGCGCGCGACGUCACACGCAUCACAGUCAACCAGACCAGGAUCCUAAGCGUGAGAGACGGCGAGGAGCGUCCUCUCCGCAUCAUCACCAUAGUAACAGCCAGCACAGACGUCCACGGACGAGAGAUGCCGGUCCAGGAAACUCUAUGGUAUCAGACGCCAAUGCUGACAUCGGUCCAGAGAAAUUUGCAUCUAAAGUACUGGCCAAGACGCAUACAAAGAGUGUGGCGUCAAUGGAAUCGCCACCAGCAUCACCGGAGCAUUAUUCUUCCUCGUCAUCGGGCGGCCAGGGUAGUGAUAAGGAGGAGACGGCUGGACAAACGGACCAACAGAGACAGCAGGUAGCAAUGAAGCCUUCGAGGAUGGUCGUUAAACGACGAGCUACAGCGCCUGCCAGCAGUAAUAGUGCUCGUCGGCCGUCGACGGGACCUACACCCGUGCCAUCGUCACCUGCUCGACAACCUUCUAGGAGUGUGGGGAAGCCAGGAACGACUAGUAGUCCACGCGUUGGAGCUGGUAGUCCGCCAGUUGGAACCACCAGUCCUGGACGAACUACCAGCAGCUUGGAGAGGUGGCAAAUUCGAUUGCAACGAACCGCUUCGGGCAAUUCUAGCGGCACAGAUGACGAACGUCAUGGACGGGAGCCGUCGUCUUCAAGAAAAUUAUAUAGUAAUCACCGCAGUCGCCAGCUCAUGGAGAGCCCACCACCACCAGAUCAGGUAGCAGCUACAAAUCGAAGACUUGGAAAUGACUCCCCGUCAGUGGAUCAAGCGAGAACGCGAGCACGAAGCACGUCACGAGGCUCCAGACAGGCGUCGCCAGGAGGAAGCGGAGGGUUACCACCGCCACCACCUCCAUUAUCACUUUCGACAGACGGACAGGGCUCAACUACUCCUCGAACAUUGGCACGGAAGGUCCCACAGCUUGACGAUGAUACUGAAGGAGGAGAUGACGAUUCUUCGCCGAAGCCUCGACCUGUUCGUAUUCGUUACGAGACACCAGAGCGUGGCAUGGGCGGCAAACGCGAGAUUUCUCACGCUUCGCUUGGCAAACUCAUCGCGCGUCUCACAGAUGCUCACCAGUACGACACAGAAUUCCGUGACGUGUUUCUGCUGACGUAUCGCUCGUUCUGCUCACCUUACGACUUCAUUAAAAAGCUGCUGAAACGCUACACUGCAGUGCUGUCGCUAUGCGGUAACGUCGACCCGGAGACGAUUGAAGAAACUCAGCGAUUGCUGGACCAAAUCACUCUCGAGGAAGAGAGUGAGCAGCGUUCGUCGAACUUGACGUCAAUUUCAACUGCAAAAUCUGAUAUCAAUACUGGAAUGGAAGCCAACGUGUCCAUCAUGCGUCUGUUAAGUGUACUCAAGUUCUGGAUCAAGGAGAGCGGCUUUAUUGAUCAAGAUCUGAUGAAUGAUCGCAAGGCCCAGAAGAAACUCAUGGCAUUCCUGAGCGAAAUUCAGAACACGUCGCCCAUCCCAUCCAUUCGUCGCCACGCUGAGAAUUUGCUAUUGACUGUCGCACAGUUGCUAUCAUCGCAGAAGCAAGUGCAGCAAGCUCAACACACUCAAGCUCAAGCUCAGACGAAGACUCAAUCGCAAAGAGGACCUGCUAAAGUUCCUCCUCCUCCAGCACUAGUGACGUCUUCUUCUGCAUCAGCAGUGCCGGAUAAAUCCUUCUCGAGACCAGGUGGUGAUGUAGUUCAAGACCCUCAAAGUGCAGUAGCUCUGGCCAUGGCGCACCAGCUGAGUGACCGUGGAGCGUCACAUUCUCGAAUGCGCGCCCAAGCUGCCACUAAACUGGCUUUGGCACGAUCGUCUUCAGACCCGAAGCGUGAGAGAUCUAUGGUGAAACUUCGCACGAAGAACUCGAACGGUGACAUAUUCCAGCUUCGAAGUCGGUCGAUUCCUUCGGGAGCGGAUGAUCAAGCGGUAGCAGCGGCAGCGACUAGAGAUCGAAUGCUACGCAAUGGCGCACAACACGCCGCUGUGUCUAGUGCCGCUGCUGUGGCUCCAAAGAUCGCACGAGGUAUCACCACUGGCAGUGCCGAGGCUGCGAUCAAAGCUAAUGCCAAUGACACCAGUGCAGGCGGCUUCGAUGAGAUUAUCCAGGAUACGUUGCAACGUGCCCGGCAAUCGGCGGCUUCUCGUAAGAGUGCACGAAUUAGUUACGACAACGUGGAGCCUUUGUCUGGGUUAAGUGCACAGGAGCUGGCCGAUCAACUUACGCUUAUGGAGGCAGAUCAAUACUUCUCGAAACUGAACCCCCGUGAGCUGACCAACAAGGCGUGGACGCGUGAGAACAAACACCGAGAGGCCCCGCAUGUGAUGGCUUUGAUUGAGCUCUUCGACGCCACGGCUGAGUGGGUUUCUAGUGAAAUUCUGCACCCGCAGUUGCAGGCUGUGGAACGCGCCAAGAUGAUCACGCUGUUCAUUGAUGCAGCGGAUAAUUGCUACCAGAUGAACAACUUUAACACGCUCUUUGAGAUCACGACAGGACUGUCGGCGCCGUGUAUCCGACAGCUCAAUACAACGUGGAGUCUCGUGGGUGCAGCGGCGCAGGAGAAAUACCAGUGUCUUCAGCAGGUAUGUUCGCCUGAUGACAACUACCGCAGCUAUCGUCAAGCGUUUGCACUGGCAGAAGGGCAGCCGCGACUUGCGUGUUGGUUCAUCCUAGUCAAGGAUCUGUUCACUUAUGAAGAAGCCAUGAAGUCCAUGGAAGACGGACUUGUGAACUGGCAGAAGUUCCGCAAGAUCUACCGAGUCAUCAGGGAAUCACUGGAUCGACAGAAUUUUAACUACGUACCUCCAAGUGGUGGAGCUAAUGGCGCUGGAAGCAAUGGUACCAAUACGGGCGGUGUGUCAAGGAAAGGCCGCGGUAUUCUACGGCACGACAGGAAGAACCAGAUUCACAUUCGGCAUCGGAUUGACACGAUCCGAAAAGACAGCUCGGUGCUGUAUCAACUGGCACGCAAUGCCAACACACAGGAGAGCAUUCUGUUUGUGAACAGUUUAUCGGAGGCAGGUUUCUUGUAAUGCAACGAGAACACCGGAGGAAGUCGCGCCCGAUCCUGCCUCAUGCAAUGUACAAAACGUUAUUCAGAGCUGCAACGAUUGGAGUCAGCUCAAGAACAGAAUGAAAGAAAAAGCAAAUAAACCCUUGUGAAAAUCCCUGGUGGCGCGCUUUUGGACGGAAACCUGGGAAGUAUCGUACAAGCGGAUCAUUCAUGGACUACCAGCAGUGCAGCUCAAUUUUUUGUGCUGGAGCUACCGUCGUCCGUCUCCCAUUUCUCUUUGACCUGUGCUUCUGCCUCUGCUGAUGACCUUGCGGCCGCUUCAGAUUUCCCCUUCUUCUCCUCACCCUGUUGCUCUUCAUCAGACGAAAGCUUCCGUUUAGCACCAGCCUCACGCUUCUCCUCUGUCUCCUUCCCGUUCUUUGGCUUCUCUUUUUCCUCUUCAGCAGUCCCAGUCGGGAGCCUUGCAUUGUCAAAUAGAGCCUUGGCCGACACACCCACACUAACAUCGCCCUCAUUUUUUCUCUCGUCCAGUUUCAUCUGCACCUGACGGGAACGCCACUUGUACAGCUCGUCCAGAAAGUCAUCUCGGUCCAGAUCUUUGGCUCCCAGCCCCAUUUUAUAGUCCAUAGACAUGCCCAG